AUGGCUGAGGUAGUAAGGCACCAACCAUGCCUGGGAUCAGCAGCGCACAUCAUGUUAUGGGAAUCCCACAUCUUCUGGGUCAAUUAUGGGACUGUUAGAGCUCGGUAUUGCAAAUCCAAUGAUGAAGAAGUGGAGACGAGGAAAUUGUGUGCCAUGACAUGGCAUGCUUUGCCAUAUUCAAGGCAAGCCAGGCUAUUUGAGGCAUGUCGAGCGAGGGCUUGUCAAGGGAGGCUAUGUGAGAAUUGGCGAGCCAUGACAUGGCAUGCUUUGCCAUAUUCAAAUCAAGGGAGGCAAUUUGAGGCUUGUCGAGUGAGGCUAUGCAAGGAGUGCCAUGGGUGGCCUGCUUUGCCAUAUUCACAGCAAGCAAGGCAAGGCUAUGUGAGGCUUGGCGUGCCAUGGCAUGGCAUGCUUUGCCAUAUUCGAUGCAAGGUUGGCUAUUUGAGGCUUGUAGAACGAGGCUAUGUGAGGCAUGGCUAUUUGAGGGUUGUUGAGCAAGGCUAUGUGAGGCUUGGCGCUACAUGGCAUGGGAUGGUUUACCAUAUUCAAGGCUCGCGGUGCUAUUUGAGGCUUGUCCAGAGUGGCUAUGCGAGACAUGACUUGAAAUAUUUGAUGCAAGCGAGGGUAUUUGAGGGUUGUCGAGCAAGGCUAUAUGAGGCCUGGCAUUCCAUGGCAUGGCAUGCUUUUCCAUAUUCAAAGCAAACGAGGCGAUAUGAGGCUUGUUGA